AUGCCCAUUCCGUUCCUCACCAUCGGCCAGCCGGGCAACACCAUACAGUACGAGAACCGCACAGGUGUACGCUGUAUCAUCACCAAGGGCAACGACGUUUGCAUCAUCCACAUCGAGAAGGGCAAUUACUACAAGCUGCCAGGUGGUGGCGUUGAGGCUGAUGAUCCGAAUGAAAUCGUUGCCGCGGAGCGGGAGGCCCUGGAGGAGACCGGCUGCAAGGUGCGCGUCGCGCCAGACAUGCUCGCAAAGACUCUCGAGUACCGUGGUACCCUGAAGCAAGAGUCUCACGCGUACAUCUGCAAGGUUCUGGAAGAUACUGGAAAACCACAGCUCACGGAGGUCGAGGCAUCUGAGGGAUUGACUCACUCUUGGUGUCCAGCGGUGGACGCUCUGGAAAAGAUGAAGACCAUCGAGCCUGAGUCGGAGCCUGGCCACUUCAUCAAGAAGCGCGAUAUGUUCCUGCUUCAAUGCUUCUUUGAGUUUUAA